AUGAGUGCGACCUCCUCGCAGAUGCAAACAGCCACUUUGGCAAUCGCUUCUGCUCUUGUUGCGCACCAAAUAUUCCGCCGCUAUGAGACUUUCUCCAUACCCGUACACGCUGCUCUCCUUCUCGGAUUUCCUGCACUCGUAGCCGCAUCUCUCGUAUCCCACCCUCUCCCUCUUGACGACGAGUUUGCACAUGUGUUCAGGUCCUCCUUGUCGACUUACCUCGCCACCCUGGCUCUCUCCAUCGUCGUCUAUCGUCUGUCUCCCUUCCACCCCUUAGCAGCCUAUCCCGGCCCAUGGUGGGCCAAGAUCUCUAUGCUCUGCACUGCCUUAGUGGCCUCGACUGGCACCAGGAGUAAACGUGUGAGGCGGCUGCACGACGUGUAUGGCGAUGUCUUCAGAAUAGGUCCAAAUGAGCUCUCCAUUCGCGAUACCUCAGCGAUCCAAGCUAUCGCUGGACCCUCCGGGCUUCCGAAAGGAACUGACUGGGUCGGAGGCAUGCUCCGCGACCACAACCUGCCCUUAAUCGCGAUCCGUGAUACCGACGAACACCUCCGGCGGCGGCGCGCGUGGAACCGGGGCCUUGGACCCAACGCGCUGCGCGAGUACGAGCAUGUUCUUGCGCGCCGUGCUCGGCUUCUCGUCAAGGGACUGGAAGAGCACGCGAGAAAGGGCGAGGAGGUGGAUCUGGGGAGGUGGUUCAAUUGGUUUGGAUACGACUUCAUGUCGGACAUGGCGUUUGGUGGCGGGUCAGAGCUGCUGCGCGAGGGGGACAAGAACAACGUCUGGGCUGUGCUCGAGAAGGGGAUGGCACUCGGCAUGUUCCUCGCGCACCUCCCCUGGCUGGGCGUGUACAUUGGGCACAUUCCAGGCGCAGCAUGGCCACUGCAGUCUCUCCUCGCGCACGGGGAGAAGGCCGCGGCGAAGCGCCUCGCACGAGGCUCGACCACGUCCGAUCUCUUCCACUACCUCAACAACGAGAAUCUCCCAGAGAGACCGUCCCCUGCUCCACGCCAGCUCUAUGACGACGGCGUGCUCGCCGUCGUUGCAGGCUCGGACACGACCUCGAGCGCGCUCACGAGCGUGUUCAAUUGUCUCCUUACGCACCCGGAGAUAUACGCAAAGCUGCAGGAAGAAGUGGAUCGGUUCUACCCCACAGGCGAGGAUGCGUUUAGUAUGAAGCAUCAUCGGGAUAUGCAUUAUCUGCAAGCCGUGAUAUACGAAGCCCUCCGCCUGUUCCCCCCGGUCGCGAGCGGGGGUUCGCGCCGCCUUCCGGACAACGCGCGGGGCAUAACCGUCGGCUCAGUAUACAUACCCCCAGGAACAGUCGUGCGGCUCCCUCCGUGGUCCAUCCAGCGCGACCCGCGCAACUUCACCUUCCCCGACGCGUUCUGGCCCGAGCGCUGGCUGAUCGCCUCGGGGCACGUCGCCCUCGCCGACGCUCCCCUCCCCUCGUCUCCCUCCGCAGAUGGAACAGAGCUGGAGAAGGAGAACGGGUUCGUGCACAACGAGCACGCGUUCAUCGCUUUCUCGCACGGGCCGAUGAACUGCCCUGGCAAGGCGCUCGCCCUGCAGGAGAUGCGUGUCGUGACCGUUGCGCUCGUGCAGCGGUUCAGGGCGCGGCUGCGCGCGGACUGGGACCCUGGGUUCUACGAGCGGGAGAUCAGGGACUACUUUGCGGCGACGAGGCCGUGUGUGCCUGUCAUCCUCGAGGCGAGGUCGUAAAUUGGUCCACGAGAUUGUGGUCGGCGUGGAUGGUGGACGAUAUAUUUCGUGAGGUGAGAGACGGGAGAUGAUGGCCAGGCGGUAGGAUUGGACUUGACUGGUCGGGCCUGUGCGACACGAAUGUCGCUUUUCUGACCUUGUAUUGUGAUCGAGUCUUUCGUCAACAGAUUUUCUUGUGCUUUCUAGAGGACGCCCCGCUUGCCCCAGGGCGCGGAGUCUUCUUUCGUCGUCUGCAGACCUGGUUGCUUGAUAUAUCCCGCUGAAAUCAGCGUUUGUAUCGUGUCCUACACUGUGGCUUCAACUUGAACACUCUUCACGAACAUCAGCGAUUCAGCUAAUGCAGCGAGUCGUGCAGGAAACGAAAUGCGAGUGCGCGGGACAUCAUGAUUAUCCAGCGUGGACUCUGGCGGUAUCUACGUGCGGAAGAAGGGACAUCGGAACUCAGCUGCGUCUUCGGCCCGCUAUGCACGGAGAAUAGAACCAGAGGUGCGGAGGAGAAGCGUGGUGUAGGUUGGCGAAUCUUGGGGUGGUGAUUUGUCGCUCUGCCAUGAGCCGGACAUGCUCCGUACGCAUCCACGAGAUAUUUUCAAACAUGGGAAAC